AAAUAACAAUUUGGUUAAAACUUCUUUCUGUAUUUGCAGUUUUUUGUGAAAAAACCUACUAGUUAACUUCUAUUGCACCCGCCCUUGCACACAAUGGCUUUCAAUUUUACGGCAUUUAGUUACAUUGUAGCUUUAAUAGGGGAUGCCUUCUUAAUAUUCUUUGCAAUAUUUCACGUAAUUGCUUUUGAUGAAUUAAAAACGGAUUACAAGAACCCUAUAGAUCAGUGCAAUAGCCUCAAUCCGUUGGUUUUACCGGAAUAUUUGCUUCACAUCUUUUUAAAUAUCCUUUUUCUGGCAUGUGGGGAAUGGUUUUCGCUAUGUAUUAAUAUACCACUUAUAGCUUAUCACAUUUGGCGCUAUAAAAACCGACCUGUUAUGACGGGACCAGGUUUAUAUGAUCCCACCACAGUUUUGGCUUCAGAUAACUUAACUAAAAAUAUUCGUGAAGGUUGGAUUAAAUUGGCUAUUUAUUUAAUAUCAUUCUUCUACUACAUAUAUGGUAUGGUUUAUUCACUCAUCUCGACGUAGAGCUAAGAUCAUGUCUGCCUCAUCUUUUUCUGCUCUAACAAUUUUCAUAUCUACAAAACGAGAUUUUGUGUGUUUAUGUAUAUUCUUAUAAAUAAUUUAUGUAUUCAUAAAACAAGUGUUAACUAGGUGGAUUUUAUUUUCUUUUAAUAACGUUUUGCCGCAAAGUUUUUAAAUUAUUAACAUUUGUUGAUAAAACCUAUUAAAAGAUUAUUUAAAUUAUGUGUAAAUUUGUAUUCAAUGUUAUAUGUCAAUGAAAUGUGCUGUGGAUCCUAAGAAUUAGGAAAAAAAGAUUAAGCAGAAAUUCCGACUUUUCUAUAUGCACAAAAAACGAAGUCAAAUCUGUUUAUUCGAUAUACGAUAUUUGAUAAUAAACGGUGAAUAUACAUUUUUGCUCUUAUUAAAUGGUCCAUCGGUUCUUCUUUUAAUUUUAAUAAAUUUCCGUUAGAAUAAUGCUUAGGUCGUUAACACAAUCAGGAAUAAUUUCUUUUUUUGUUUAAAUGUGUUUAAUUCGUAUUCAUUGUUUUCAAUGGCUUCAACUUUAUUUGUCUUUUAAAAAAAUCAUUCAAAACUCAGUGUGUGUUCUCCGUAAGCUGAAUAUAUUGAAAGUAAAGUCGAACACAAUGUUGCUUGAUUGCUUUCAAAAAUUCGUAUACAUUGCUUUCA